AUGAAUGAAUUAAAUCUCAAAUUAUGGAAUGUUGAGAUUCCUACCAGAAAUAAUAAAAAGUAUUUGGAACUUAAGAAUAAUCUGCGUGUAGAUAUUGACGUUGAACAAGAAUUCGGAGAUGCUGUAACGGAAAGCUUGAGCUUCCUAUUUUUAAGCCAGAUAAAGCUCAUCCUUAUCAUGAAUGAUCUUCCUACAAUAAAUGGAAAUGAUGGGCUAACCGACACUACUGUUUUAGAAGAACUUUCACAGAUAAAAGAGUGUUUAAUAGUCUUGGGAGCUUCUGGCUCUGGGAAGACAAGGACAUUAAUUGAAUUGUUAUGUAAGAAGUACGGAUUUUAUUUUACAGGUCUUACAAAGGAUGAUCUGGAUAUUUUUGAGAAAAUGACCUUGAAUUUCAGAAAAGUCCCAGAAUAUUUUUUGAAUGAUAAGAUUCGGGAAUUGAUUCAUAAUAUAUUGUAUCUUGUAAAUCAGUCUCCAUUAUUACCAGACAAUUGUAAAUCUGAGGAUGAAGUAAUAAUGGUAGAAACAAAUAGUGAAUCUGAAGAUAAAUUAUUAAUGGCGAAAACAAAUCAUGGAGAGACUCAAGAAUUACCAACUGAAGAAAAGAUAGAAUAUAAUCCAACUGAAGAAAAUGAAGAAAAUGUUGAUCUAAUAACUGGAGAAAAUAAAGAUGAGACAGAACUUGAUCUUCAUGAGCCAUCUGUCAUUCAUGUCAAUGAAGACAAUUCAGAAGAAAGUUUGAACUGGAAUAUGAUAAAGAAAAAAGUAGAAACAUAUCGAAAUCAGUUGAAAAAGGGAAAAUAUGCUGUUGAGUAA